AUGGCUUCUGACCUUCCAUUCGAGUUCGAUGAAUCCGACGAUUGCUGGGUCCGAAGUGGCGGUGACGGGGUGGCUGUGAAGUCACUGCCGAUGAAGAUACCGGAUUGGAGGAGGAUCCUGGGCAUGGUGUACCAGCAGGUUGAGCGAGCCCCACAAGACAGCGACUAUAAUGCGGCAUGGUCGGUGGAGGAGGACGAGGAUGAGUACUUUGGCCUGCCGCCGCAUGUGUACUUGGCAAGGACCAGAGGGGAGUCCCGGUGGGGGAGGAGUGUGAAGGGGAGAGAUUUGUGUAGACUCAGAAAUGCUAUUUGGAAACGAAUUGGUUUCGAAGAUUAA